AUACAGAAAACAUCUUCAUUUUGGCCGAUAGCACAACCGGUCUUAGUAAUUUAUAGUAAACUAUUGAAAAAUUAAAAGGAAUCCCUUCAUCCGGACUGAGAAAUCAGUUGACUGCUGUACUGUACUCCCAGGAAAAGCUAAAUCCCCUGUUGUCCGCUUUCACUCCUCAGUAUUCAAGAACAGGAUUUUUCCACCCCAAAAAAAUACUGGUGCACUAAGAAAUGCUAUUUGCCUAUCAAUGCCUGGAAAAGAUCAGGUUCUGUAAAUUUCUCUGUUAUUUUCUUUUUGAUAAAAUGGCGUCUCUAUCAAUAUCUACAUUUUCUCCCAAAGUUCUUCUAUGUGGAAACGGCAAAGAAGUGAGUUCGUGGAAAGCUCGCAACCAUGUUUACUUCAGAAGAAGUGCAAGCGUUAGUAUUCACUAUCGAAAACAAGAGCAGUCUAGGGUAAAUCAAAGAUCUUCGCUUUGUGCAUUUGCUUUAUCUUCAGAAUCGGAAGAAGUAGGUAUUUCUACUACUUCAUUGGAUGGCAUCUCAGUUGCUGCUACCACUACUUCUGAGCCACUAGAGUUGAAGAUACGGAUAGAUGUUACUGGUGCGAAAACACAAGAAAUUUUUGACGACGUUUUUUCCAAAAUGGUUGCUGCUGCACAGCCCAUUCCAGGUUUUCGAAGAGUAAAAGGAGGAAAAACUCCAAAUAUACCUGAAGAUAUACUCGUGCAAGUCCUUGGGCCAGAAAAAGUUUACAAGAAUGUGAUCAAGAGAGUAAUAAACUCAAGCAUUGCCGAGUACGUAGAGAAGGAAGGUUUGAAGAUUACCAAGGAGCUUAGUGUUGAGCAGAACUAUGAAGAGCUUGAAGCAAAAUUUGAACCUGGUACAGAAUUCAGCUUUGAUGCAUUUAUUCAUCUUCAAGAAACAAAUAAAGAAAAAUGUUAACAUUUGAAGAAAAUAUUCCAUAAAGUCCUGAACGAGACUAAAACUGCUUAGCCCUCCCACAGACAGUGACGAGAAGCAUAAGGAUCGCACAUAGACCUGGAGGAACAAACUCAUAUCGACGGGCCUCUACCCUCUACUAUGUGUGGAGGGAACUAACAGAUAAAUCUUCAUGCGUCUAAUAUUUAUCUUUUACUAGAAUUUUUGUAUCACAUUAGCAGUGAACUAACAGUUUUUGAAGUUUUGACAUGCUUCCAUUUCCAUUGCUUAUUAAACUCUCAAAUAUAAUUGGGGAAAUGUUAGGUCACACACGAAUGUGUGGGUCCAA